AUGUCCGGUAUAAUCGGCUCGCAGAACCGCUUCGGCCGCGACUUCAACAACCCCGACGCCGCAAUGCACCUAUCUCGUCGGCAGCGCCAUCCCCGUCCUCCUGAUGGACCGCUUCGGCCGCCGCACCCUGCUGAUGGUCUGCUCGGCGGGCCUGUAUCUGUGUUUCGUGAUGGUUUCGAUCCUCCUCUCGCUGGAGCCGAACAUCGGGUGGAAACAUUCAUUAUCUUUGCGGUGCUGAAUGCCGCCUUCAUCCCUAUGGUCUACUGCUUCUAUCCUGAGACUAAGGGCCUGGAGCUGGAGGAUAUCCCGCUACUCUUUGCCAAGGGGGGAGUUACAGGUGGUGUCUUGUCGUCUAAGGGAGGUGGAACUGUGACACCGGGGCAGCAUGCUCGAGAUGUCGAGGUAGAGAGGAAGGUGGAAGUGCAGGAGGUUGAAGAAGCAGCUUCAAUAGAUAUAGAUAAUCAUCGACAAGUUACAUUCUCAAGCGCAUCGCAGACGACGUAG